AUGGAUUUAAAUGAGGCAGUGAAACAGAUACUUAAUGGGUUGAAUGAGCUCGAUGAGUUUCUCCAAAAAGCAUAUGAAAGUUCAGUCAUCCACAAAAAUAAGAUGAAGAAGUACCAUGACAAAAAGAUUGAGAAGCGAAAAUUUGCAAUUAGAGACUUCGUUGUUCUAUUAAGCUUUAGAUUGCGCUUGUUUUGGGGAAAACUCAAGUCCAAAUACGUUAGGCCAUUCAUGAUCACUAAAGUGUUCCCACGUAGAGCGGUUGAGUUGGAGAAUAAGGGGGGUGCAAGGUUCACAGUAAAUGGGCAAAGAAUCAAGAUCUACUUAGGGCAUGAGGAGAGUGUCCAUGAUGUGGUUGAAUCAUAUCGCCUUGAUUAUUUUUGA